AUGGAAUCAAAUGAAAAACGCAAAAUACUCCAUAAAGCUAUCAUCGACUCCCAUGCACAAUCCAUCCUGGCUCAGUUUGGUGGUUUAUCAACAGAGAGUCGUCGUCUCGUAUUCCAUGGAAUUCUGGACCAAUUACGUCGCCCUGAAUGGAGAGACGUGAACCUACGUUCCGAUCGCAUCAGCUUUGAAUACGACAUUCUAGGCAAGCUGCCUUUGGAGAUCGUUGCACUUAUCGUAGAGCACUUACCUCUUUCCGAUUUGUUUCUCCUGCAAACAGUGUCUCGGCAAUGGCGCCAAGUUCUUUCAUCGCCGAUAAUACAAAACGCUGCGAUCCGGGCCACCAUUGGGAGCGACAUGUCGAUAUCAGAUUCAAAGUCCGUGGUUCAGAAAAGGCUGCGCCUGGAGCGAGGCAAAUGGUUCGAACGGGCAGAGCUAAUUUCUCCAUUGUCUCAGGAUCAUGGCGGGGCAAUGAGAACCCGUGGCGUGGGAUAUUCCCACGGCAUACAUGCUUGGUUAAGUGGCGACUCUCAACGAGGAGACCAGAGACGAGUAGGAAUCUCGCUAUUGAAUCUGUGGACCGGUAGAUCGGAUACAAUCCUAACGGAAAAUCGGGAAGCUCUCAUCGAGCUACGAAUCUCCCAAUUCAUAAUCGCAGCGCUCUCAAUGCGCGGGUAUUGCCACGUCUGGGAUCUUCAAACCCAAGAACAUCGAUCUUUUCGAUUGCGCGCUAUAAAAUUUGAUCAUUUCGUUGUGAAUGGCCGCAAUGUGGCCUUUAGCUACCCGACUGAGAUCGUCCACUGGGGGUGGACCGCAGGUAUCACUCGCACCAUUCCAAUCCAGACAUGUCUUGUCCUAUUAGCGCUUCAUCCUUCUGAAGAUCAGUUCACAGCCGUUCGUCUUGGAGAAACAGUCUACUUUGGUGACACCAUGGUCAUCGCGGAAAAAGAAAAAAACUGUCAACUGUAUGCUGAAAAGUAUACAAUCGGUGACACUAACGAGUUUCAUUGCUCCCUUGCAAAAUUUCAGUUCCCUGACUAUGGUGAAUUGUUUGAUUCCUAUGACGCACAGGAGAUCUUCAAGGGCCAAAGCACCAUCGUGCUUAAAGAAAUGGGAGCUCACGACGACCCCCGACGAAGACUGUGCUUUUCUUUACAAGAUGACGAGGUCAUUGCCCAUGCCUUGCCUCCUCUUCCUGCGAUAAUCAACUUUUUGGGCGUGGGCCAAGAUCUGAUUUACGCCAUCAUGUCGCAACAUAAAGUGUUUGUACUAGAGCCCAAAUACAACAGACCAGCACCAUUGUCAAAUGUGAUGAGGGAGUGCCAUCAUUCGACGCGGCGUGAAGUUCGUCAUGUUACAGAUGAUUGCCAAUGGGCUUUUGGGGACGCUGACUUUGUAAUCUUGGUCGGUGAUCUGCAAAUGGACAUCUGGGCGCUCGAUGAAACCUGGGAGAUUGAUACAUGGGAAUCAAUGGGUUCUACAGAUACAGAAUGA